CGUGCUGAUACGAAUAGCACAAACGGAUUCUUCAACAAUUUCAAUGACAACGGAAACAACAACACAGGGAGUGUAAAUGGAAAUUAUUUUGGCGAAAUAAAUAUUGGACAGAAUAAAUGCAAUGGGACACCUAUAUCAACAGACGAUGGACAAAAUAAUUACAAAAACAACGGAAACGGGAAUAAUGGAUUUAUUAAUGGAUAUAAUAUCGAAUGUAUUAGUGUAGAUGGAACAAACGUAGAGGUUCAGGCGAAAAAGACUGACACACAAAACAUCAGUCUAAGCAAUAGUUUCAACGAUAACGGAAACAAUAAUACAGGGAAUGUAAAUGGAAAUUACGUCGGUGAGAUAAACAUUGGUGGCAAUACCAUCAAUCAAUGCAAUCGAACUGAAAGUGGCGAAUACAACUUCAACGAUAACGGAAACGGAAACGACGGAUCAUUCAAUGGAAAUCAUAUUGAAUGUGUGGAUAUAAAUGGUCAAAAAGUGGACUUAAACCAGUUUAUGUUAGGAACAUGA